AUGGCAUUGACAGAGGACGUUGGUGGAGGGAAAGAGAAGGGCCUAACUGAAGAUAAUGGUUUCUUGAAAGCAACAGAACCGUCCUUAAGUGUCACCAAUUCUACAACAUCCACUAGUCCAAUAGAAAAGAGAUAUGAAGGGAAGGAUGCACUUGGUUAUGCCAAUGUUCUUCGUUCCAGAAACAAAUUUGUGGAAGCUCUUGUUAUAUAUGAAAGUAUACUAGAGAAAGAUAAAACCAAUGUUGAGGCUCAUAUUGGGAAAGGAAUCUGCUUGCAGAUGCAAAAUAUGGGAAGACAGUCUUUUGAGAGCUUUUCAGAAGCUGUCAGGUUAGACCCACAAAAUGCAUGUGCACUCACUCAUUGUGGUAUCUUGUAUAAAGAUGAAGGUCGAUUGGUGGAGGCUGCUGAGUCAUAUCGUAAGGCUUUGGAGGCAGAUUCAUCAUAUAAACCAGCAGCAGAAUGUUUGUCAAUUGUACUAACAGAUAUUGGAACAAGUUUAAAGCUUGCUGGCAACACACAAGAUGGAAUUCAGAAGUAUUAUGAUGCUAUCAAGAUUGACCCUCACUAUGCUCCUGCAUAUUACAAUCUUGGAGUUGUGUAUUCUGAAAUGAUGCAAUAUGAUACAGCGCUUAAUUGCUAUGAAAAGGCUGCUUUAGAGAGGCCAAUGUAUGCUGAAGCAUAUUGUAACAUGGGGGUCAUUUAUAAAAACCGUGGAGAUCUGGAAUCAGCUAUUGCUUGUUACGAGAGGUGUCUGGCUGUGUCACCGAAUUUUGAGAUUGCUAAGAAUAACAUGGCAAUUGCUUUAACAGAUUUAGGCACAAAGGUCAAAUUGGAGGGAGACAUUAACCAAGGUGUGGCAUAUUACAAAAGAGCUUUGUAUUAUAACUGGCAUUAUGCGGAUGCCAUGUACAAUCUUGGUGUUGCUUAUGGAGAAAUGCUGAAGUUUGAAAUGGCAAUUGUAUUCUAUGAACUUGCUUUCCACUUCAAUCCCCAUUGUGCUGAGGCAUGCAAUAAUCUUGGAGUUAUAUAUAAAGAUAGAGACAAUCUUGAUAAAGCAGUGGAGUGUUAUCAGUUGGCUUUAUCAAUCAAGCCCAAUUUCUCCCAGUCUUUGAACAACCUUGGAGUAGUCUACACAGUUCAGGGUAAAAUGGAUGCUGCUGCUAGCAUGAUAGAAAAAGCAAUUGUGGCAAAUCCCACGUAUGCUGAAGCUUACAAUAACUUAGGGGUUCUUUACAGAGAUGCUGGAAGUAUAUCUUUGGCCAUUGAAGCAUAUGAACAGUGCCUUAAAAUAGACCCAGAUUCUCGCAAUGCGGGCCAGAAUCGCUUACUUGCAAUGAACUACAUUAAUGAAGGAACAGAUGAAAAGCUAUUUGAAGCUCACAGGGACUGGGGGCAGCGGUUCAUGAGAUUAUAUUCUCAAUAUACUACAUGGGAGAAUCCAAAAGAUCCAGAAAGACCACUUGUUAUUGGAUACGUGUCUCCUGAUUAUUUUACACACUCAGUAUCUUAUUUCAUUGAAGCGCCUCUUAUUUAUCAUGACUAUGCUAAUUAUAAGGUGGUUGUUUACUCAGCGGUUGUUAAGGCUGAUGCAAAAACUAUGAAAUUCAGAGACAGGGUUUUGAAAAGAGGUGGUGCAUGGAGGGAUAUUUAUGGUAUUGAUGAAAAGAAAGUUGCAAGUUUGGUUCGUGAAGAUAAAGUUGAUAUUUUGGUGGAGCUUACUGGUCAUACUGCUAAUAAUAAACUAGGAAUGAUGGCUUGCAGGCCUGCACCUCUUCAGGUGACUUGGAUUGGGUACCCAAAUACGACUGGCUUGCCUACUAUUGACUACCGAAUCACUGAUGCCUUAGCUGAUCCUCCUGAUACAAAACAAAAGCAUGUUGAGGACCUGGUUCGGUUACCAGACUGUUUUCUUUGUUACACACCAUCUCCCGAGGCGGGUCCCGCAUCACCAGCACCUGCUCUUUCAAACGGUUUUGUUACAUUUGGUAGUUUCAACAAUUUAGCAAAGAUAACUCCGAAAGUGCUUCAAGUUUGGGCGAAGAUUUUAUGUGCAGUUCCAAACUCUCGGCUUAUUGUGAAGUGCAAACCUUUCUGCUGUGAUAGUGUAAGACAGAGAUUUCUGGCUACAUUGGAGCAAUUAGGUUUGGAAUCUUUACGUGUUGAUCUUUUGCCUUUGAUUCUGCUAAAUCAUGAUCAUAUGCAAGCCUAUUCUCUUAUGGACAUCAGCUUGGAUACUUUUCCAUAUGCUGGAACUACAACCACUUGUGAAUCUCUUUACAUGGGAGUGCCAUGUGUCACCAUGGGUGGGUCAGUACACGCGCAUAAUGUUGGUGUCAGUCUUUUAACUGCAGUUGGAUUAAAACACCUUGUUGCAAAAAACGAAGAAGAAUAUAUCCGGUCAGCACUGGAAUUAGCUUCAGACAUGACUGCACUCUCAAACCUGAGAAUGGACCUCCGGAAUCUCAUGUCCAAUUCCCCUCUCUGCAACGGAUCCAAAUUCAUCACCGGAUUGGAAUCCGCUUACCGGGACAUGUGGCGAGGCUACUGUAACGGAAACGUUCCAUCUUUAAAACGAAUAGAAGCAAUCCAAAAACAGAAAGAGGACCCGUUUGGAUCCAUCAAGGAAAACGGGUUCAACUUGGCUCCACCACGUUUGCUGAGUGGUGAAGAAAACGGGAGUAAGUCAAAGCAGUCGUCUUCAAGUUCAGGUCAGUCAACAUAGGUUUACUACAGAGUUGAGUUUUUAUACACCCAAGAAGAAUACACCAUCUUCAUCUUCAUCUUCAUCUUUAUAAUAGUAGAGUGUAAGAAAGCCUUUUGUAUUAUUAUUAUUAUAUUAUUAUAUGUUGAGAGGCAAGAGCUUUUCUGCUAAAAAAAGGCCUCUUGAGGAUGUUGUUGAUGGAAAUGGAAAGUGUUGCCAUUUACGUAGAAGGAGAGGGAGAUAUGUAGAAAAUUAGAACAGUGAUGAAGUUGAACUGUGUCUGUGUUGUGUUGUGUUGUGUUUCUGGUCAAAAUCAUAUGGAUAUAAAGUAUGUAAAAAAGUUC